AUGGAUUUGUCCCACUCCCGUGUUCAGCCCAGCAUCAUCCUGUCGAGCACUGAAGUCACAGCCCUCGACCCAGAAGAACUGCGCACAGCUGAUUGGUUUAAAGCGGAACGGCCCGAAUCUGUCUCGUCUAUUCAAGUCUCCCACGGCGAGUUUCCCAAGAUGCCAGAUCUAGAUCCAGGAGGGCUCUCGUUCACAUGUCCAUACUGCUUCCUCGUUUUCCCCAUCCGAGGAGCAGGGCACAGCCAUCACGACUCACCGGUAGCACGCCCGAAUGCCAGGGAAGAAAGCAGGCAAGGCACCAAAAGGCUUGAAAAACAUCAGUGGAGACCUGCCUUCGUCAAGCAUGGCAUGGUUCGAAAACAAGAAGGUCUCCAGUCUUGUCCGUUCUGCGGUGGUUUCCCUGAGGGCAUUAAGAGACGGUUCCCCGACCGGCAAUCCUCUUAG